GUCUAUAUGAAGAACCAUUACUCGGCCACUCCAAACACUAAAGGUCAUUGUGGAAAAGUAUUCUAAACCUAAACGGGGAAUGAGCAGACGUUCAGUCAGAUGUGCACAGCGGGCCCAGUUCCUUUCUCAAGUAUAUAGAAGAGGAGUCCGCACACAAACAGACGCUUGUAAAUAAACAAGAAGGAGCAGCCAAGCACGACCGCUGAUUGGUGGAGCUGAUCCACGUGACCCCUCCCGUCUGCUCUCAAGACCUGAAGCAUGUCCCGCAGUGGCUCAUGUCAGAGUGAAAUAAAUUUUACAAGUCGAGAGAUGCAGAAAGUCUAUUACGACCCCUCUGUCCAGCCCUACCCGGGAUACUUUCACCAUAACGGCUAUGCGUACGAUAACCAACAUUUUAACGGUGGGAGUCCGACCAUGGCCGUGGAGCACUAUCGAACGAACUGUCUUCUUCAGCCCAUCAAUUCUUCAAAUAGUCAAACUAACUCGGACUAUUACUCUAAUGCUUGCAUGCAAGACGACGGCGGCGGAGGCGGUGGAGGAGGUGGAAGCGGGGGUAGUGGGGGGCACACCCCGGUCUGUUCGGUCCCCGAGUCGCCCCCCGGGGAGGCCGGCCAGCCACCGGGAGGAGGGCCUCCUAAACCUGCCGAAAUCUACCCGUGGAUGAGAGAAUCCCGCCAAAAUUCAAAGCGACAGAUGUCCCAGAUAUCAGAAAACUCAAGUGACAGUUUUGAAUUUACUAAUGGAGAACAACCGACCAAGAGAGCCAGGACGGCGUACACGAGCGCGCAGCUAGUUGAACUAGAAAAAGAGUUUCAUUUUAACCGCUACUUAUGUCGGCCAAGACGGAUUGAAAUGGCGGCAUUGCUCAACCUCACAGAACGCCAGAUCAAGAUAUGGUUUCAAAAUAGACGCAUGAAAUUCAAAAAGGAACAGAAGCAAAAAGUCAUGCUCGAAAAACAGCUUCAACAUCACGCCAAAAUGGAAGGCCUCCCCGGCAGCCCGACAGAAAACAAGGAGGCGCUGUCGUCGCUUCACGCAUCACACCAGGUGGCGCAACAGAACAACGCUUGCGCACUGAGCGCUGCUUCUAUGAGCCAAAGUUUAUCUCACUCACGGUCGCCGCUCGCGCACACUCCGCCAAUGGCUGCGUCGUACCCAGUCGCGUCGCAACCCCUCUCGCACCCUUCCGUUGGUAACUGUGGUCCUUUGAACGGGGCCUCGCCUUACUCUCAGGGGACGUAUCACGGUCCACCGAAACUUGCUCAUUUAUGACUAGAACAGGCACCCAAUGCGCAAAUGCCGUGGCACCAAACAGUUACUUAAAAGAUGUCAGAACACAAGUACUUAAAGUUGAAAAAACAGGCAUUAAAAUAUCGACAAUAUUGCGCAGGUGCGUCAAAGACAAGAAAGCGAGAAGAUUGAACUCGAUAUGUAUUCCAUCGUCGUGUUAAAAUAUGAUAAUUAGGUGGUGUCCUUUGGGCAAAUCCGAAUCUUUUUUACAGUGGCCAAAUUGGUGGUUUUUGUUCAUAGACCUGACAGUAUUUAUAUAUAAAAAAUGACAGGGGUUCCAUGGUUCAAGCACCACUUAAUGAGAGGCUACUAAGUACUGUCUGUAUACACCAGUGAGCAGCGCAUGCGUCAGAACGCAUUUCUUCUAUGAUAAUACAGUGAUGUUGUUCUCGUCAGUGUUCUAUUUAUUAAAUUUUACCAAUUAGGUGGAUAUUGUAUACGUGUACUUUUCCUUAUUGUAAAUAGUAGGCUACGUGUUAGAUAUGAUUGUACAGCAUUCAUUGGCGGGUUUCGAUCUCUGACCUUUAACGAUUUCACGAGAAGUACUUAAGCAUUUUAUAAAAAUAUUCUGUUGCAAUCGUAUUGAUUUUGUUCAUGCAUUAUUGUAGCAAUGGCGGAUCCAGUGCACAAAGGGAACGUUUCUCUCCUUUAUCUUCUGCGACAGACCCUCCACCCUCUCCCCCCCCCAAAAAAAAAAAUGUAUAUUUAACAUUGCCAGCGAAACUAGACAACAGAUAGCAUUUUAGUUUCCUCACUUGCGUCUACAUGAUAUAAUAAGAAAUCUUUCGUAUAUCGUUUUAUAAAGUGUAUUAUUCUUGUAUAAUUUUUGUUACGAUACCCAAUUCCAAGCAAUGCCUGGAUCCACCAGUAUCUUCUAAAAAUUGUUUAAAAUAGCUAGUGUGUUUUUGCGGAUAAAAUGGCGUUUCUAGUGCAAACAUUUCAGAAAGUAAGCUAAAUUCAUACUCUCAGUCGAUAUAAUGUUUGUAGUAAGUUUAUGUACCAAAAGGUAUCAAACCAUCUUUAUUUCAUAAUAUCAUCAUGUGUGUCCCAGUGUCAGGCAAACAGAUAAUUUAACUUAGCCAUUAAGGGGCUCUGUCUUCAUGAUUAACAUAACACCGCACAUGUUUAGUUGCUUAGACUUGAUAAAACAACACAGAUAAAAGGAAAGAUAUUGUAAUAGCCAUGUUUUACAUUUCCACUUACAUGAUACAAUUUCAAAGGCAAUGUUUUUCUUUUCUUGAACGUUGCAAUUUCACGAGUUUAAACAUGUUGAACAUGUGUUACGACAUACCAGAUGGGCAAACGUCAUGUUAGUCAGUCUAGCUAAUGUUUUUUGCGUGUGCGUGAAAUCGCCUUCUCUUACCAUUAGCAUGCCAUCAUUAUUUGCCAGUUUCACAUUAGUUUACAUUAUAAACACGCUGAAAUCUUUGUUACUGUUAUACUAUUAUACAUAUGAACGGAUUACAAAUAACUCCUCCAGGAAUUUUUACGUUUAGCAACAUCGACAAUAAGCACUAGUUGCUUUGUUUUUAUUUAUUAUGAAAACCGUUUUCGUCUCAACAAUAGAUUUGGAAUUGACUUGAUACUGUCCCUACGAAAUUAAGAGGCAUCACAAAUGCCGGUUUAUGAUUAUUUUCUCAUCAAACUUAAAAUUAUAUUUAAUAGUUAGCGUUAUCAACCAAUAAUACGGCAGACAUGAAACUAUGGAAAUAUUUAAAGUUCUGUUUCUCACUUGCCACAAUGCAUUUUUCUAAUUCUCUGUACACUGUAUUUGGUAAUAUUGCUAUUGCUGUUAUUUCUCAUGUUUUGUGUGAAAUCCAAGUGCCAUUAGUUCUUAAGCUGCAAUGAUUUUUUUUUCUGCAGAGAGGUAUGUCAUCCUCAUCGUAUCAUAAUUUUCAUCAUUUUAAUAGACCACCCCGGUUUGCUGUAGUAUCAAUGACGCCUACUACUGCCCUUUAACUUCUGACUAUAUUUUUCUCAAAAUGCAACAAGGCCAACUCAUCAAUCAAAUGACCAAUCGCCGUGUGUUUUCAGAGGCACAUGAAAUGUUUGCGUGACUUUGUGCAGUAUAGUAACACUGAUGUUUUUCCUUCGUCCUUUGAGGUGGAGUGUCAGAUAGUCCGUGGAGAUAAAAACACACUUUCAUCAUAACACACCCCUAUGAAACAAUGCAUUGCCUUUUUGACCAUACACCAACAAGUAGGUCAAGGCCUCUAUACUGUGUGUAUAUAUAUAACGAUAAAAGCCUAUUAAUGGGACGGCAUUGUACACCUAAUACCUCAAUUGCAGAUACUGGAGUUUAAUAGCCCUCACCACACCCUGUUUAUUAUAGAACUAGUAAGCACUAUUCUGGUUAUGUUUUGUUAAAUGUCAUUGUAACCAUCUACAACCUCCCUAUCACUUUUUUAUCAUUGGUAAAUGAGAAUUUCAAAAAUAAUUGCAGCCCAUCUUUCGUGCGUCAUAAAAGAGGUCAAGGAUCCAGAGCAUAGUGUACACUGAGGUGCUUAAGUUCCUAAUGUUAAGUUUCUAUCUUGACAAACAGAGUUUGAACAGUGACUCUUGCUUGGUAAGUGGUCAUGGAUGGGUGGGUUGAUGAUCCGAGUCAAAAAAUAGUAAUAACAAUAUUCAGCGUUCUCUGCACAUUGCCCCGAAUCACUAAACGGUGCGUUUUUCUUUUGAGAAAGCGACUGUUUUUGAAAAAUUGGGUAUUUUUAGUUUUUGUUUUGUACAAGGCCCACAGGCAAGCGCUUUUACAACGGUAGGCGUGUUAUGUUGCAUUUUGCCAAAUCAUCGAAUACUGAUACUAAAAGUUGGUAAAUAAACGAAUUACCAACUUGUUUUGUAUAUAUAAUUUGUUUAAUUCAUUAGGCUUUAGAUGAAAUAAUGCAGGCAAAUCAUCUGUAUGGCUCUGUGAAUACACUUUAACCCAUCUCACUGUUCAGCUAGCUUUUCUUACAUGUCUUUACAUGUUUUUGAAUAAAAUAUCUCUAGGUCGGGUUUGAAGUGUACAUAGUCAAAUACUGUAAGUGUAAUAUGUACCCGUC